CUGACUGCAGAUCACCAGCUCUCCCUAGACCGGCAAACUUAGUAAUUUAAGAAGGGGUAGCAGCCAGACAUUUGAUGACAGAGUCAGAUCUAACUAAAAACGGGGAUCGUGUGUAAAGGAUCAGCUUGUCCAUAUCUUCCGGCUCAAAACAACCACCGACGAACAAUCAUGUCUCCCGAAAAAAAGAAACUAUUAAACAUUUUUAUUCUGGGCUUUUCUUUCAUGUUCUUAUUUACUGCCUUCCAGACCUGCGGGAAUGUAGCGCAAACGGUUAUCUCAAACCUAAACAACACUGACUUUCAUGGAAGUGGCUAUACAAGCCUGGCCAUUAUAUAUAGUGUGUUUUCUGCCUCAAACCUUAUCGCUCCUUCUGUUGUGGCUAUUAUCGGCAGUCAGUUUUCCAUGUUCCUGAGCGGCUUAUUUUACAGUGCCUAUAUCGCCAUGUUUAUCCAGCCCUUCACGUGGUCCUUUUACACCUUGUCGGUUUUUAUUGGGAUUGCCGCUGCAGUGCUCUGGACUGCUCAAGGAGCCUGCUUGACCGUUAAUUCUGACGAAGACACUAUUGGGAGAAAUAGCGGCAUAUUCUGGGCGCUUCUGCAGUUCAGCAUGCUGUUUGGAAACCUCUACAUCUAUGUGGCAUGGAAAGGAGAAGUUAACAUAUCGGAAAGGGAUCGCCGGACGGUAUUCAUAGCUCUGACCGUCAUCAGCUUGGUAGGCACCGUCCUUUUCUUUCUCAUCAGGACGCCAAAUGCUUCCGGGUCAGAAUCGCUGGAGGAUGACGGAGGAUCAGACAGUAGCCUCAGUGGAGAGGGAAACAUCCACAGGUCUUCGCAAAGCAACAUGUCAAAGGCCGUGAAUGCUUUCACCAGAUCUAUGAAGCUGUGUGUCACAAAAGAAAUGCUACUGCUAAGCAUAUCGAUGGCGUACACAGGGUUGGAACUCACAUUUUAUUCUGGCGUGUAUGGAACCUGCAUCGGUUCUAUUAACUGGUUUGGAGCUGAAGCCAAGAGCCUUAUCGGGCUGUCUGGAAUAUUUGUCGGCCUUGGAGAAAUUUUAGGUGGUGGUGUUUUUGGGUUGCUCAGCAAGAACAGCCGUUUUGGUCGGAACCCUGUGUUCCUACUCGGUUUGGUGGUUCACUUCCUGGCAUUCUACUUAAUCUUCCUCAACGUGCCCAACGAUGCCCCCAUCGCCUCUCGUGAUGGAACGUUCAGCCGUGCGUUUGUAGAUCCAAGCAAGUUCCUGGCCCUGUUCAGCAGCUUUUUGCUGGGACUGGGAGACAGUUGCUUUAACACUCAGCUUCUCAGUAUUCUGGGGUCUUUGUAUGCGGAGGACAGCGCUCCUGCGUUCGCCAUUUUCAAGUUUGUUCAGUCCAUAAGCACGGCUGUGGCUUUCUUCUAUAGUAACUACCUCCUCCUGCAGUGGCAGCUGCUUAUCAUGGUGAUAUUUGGCUUCUUUGGAACCAUUGCGUUUUUCUUUGUGGAGCUGGGGGCCGUCCAUCAGGGUCCUCAGGACACUCGCUACGGAAGUAUAUGAGCGGACACGCUGUUACCCACACACCGACUAUGAAUCGUCUGCUUGCCAAUAUACUGGGCUAGGAAUGGAUAACCAAAUCUUACCUUUGAGUUUAGAGAGACUGAGAACCAACUGGCUGUGAUAAACCCCGUGUCCCAACAUCCUAUAGUUUUGCUUCUUACCAUCAUAUGCCUAUAAAAGAAAUUGGCUGGUAUCUACUGUAAAGAAAGCGGCAUACAAUCUACUCAGGCUUGCAAACUUGGAACUGUAUUAACUACUACACAAUUGGCGCAGAGAUAUUCUGGAUCCUGUUUUCAGGAGUUUCUAGACCUGUUCUCAAGUAACACUUUCCAAAGCAUCCUUGCUUGACCACAAUUGGAAGAAUUCACUCCGCAGUCCUGCUGGCAGACUGUUUUGUGCUUGCGGAGUGGUUUGUGGCACUACCUUCACACUGGUAUGGGAAUUCUGUGCACCGUGUAAUGGAAUCUGGCAUCACUAUUUUAUACUAUAUUUUACAGACUAUGCUCGGGUUUGUUUUAUUAUUAUUAGUGUUUUUUAAGUUUGUGUAAAAGGGAUAAACCAGGGUUGUGUUUGCACCAUCCUUGAGGAUUUGAUGACUGAUAUCCGUUAUUGGAUGAUAUACUUGAGAUCUAAAGUUAA